UCUUCACUAUGGUGGGCCCUAAUGGCAAUGAAUCCAGUGCCACAUAUUUCGUUCUAAUAGGCCUCCCUGGCUUGGAAGAAGCUCAGUUUUGGUUGGCUUUCCCUUUAUGCUCCCUUUACCUUAUUGCUGUGCUAGGUAACUUGACAAUCAUCUACAUUGUGUGGACUGAGCACAGCUUACAUGAACCCAUGUAUAUUUUUCUUUGCAUGCUUUCUGGCCUUGACAUCCUGAUCUCUACUUCAUCCAUGCCCAAAAUGAUGGCCAUCUUCUGGUUCAAUUCUACUACCAUCCAGUUUGAUGCUUGUCUGCUACAGAUGUUUGCCAUCCAUUCCUUAUCUGGCAUGGAGUCCACGGUAUUGCUGGCAAUGGCCUUUGACCGCUAUGUGGCAAUCUGCCACCCACUGCGCCAUGCCACUGUGUUAACACUGCCUCGUGUUACCAAGAUUGGAAUGGCUGCUGUAGUACGAGGUGCUGCACUUAUGGCACCUCUGCCUGUCUUCAUCAAACAGCUGCCUUUCUGCCGUUCCAAUAUCCUUUCCCACUCCUACUGCCUACAUCAAGAUGUCAUGAAGCUGGCCUGUGCUGACAUCCAUGUCAAUGUCAUCUAUGGCCUCAUCGUUAUCAUCUCUGCCAUUGGCCUGGACUCAGUUCUCAUCUCCUUAUCAUAUCUGCUUAUCCUCAAGACUGUGUUGGGCUUGACACGUGAAGCCCAGACGAAGGCAUUUGGCACUUGUGUCUCUCAUGUGUGUGCUGUUUUCAUAUUCUAUGUACCGUUCAUUGGAUUAUCUAUGGUGCACCGCUUUGGCAAGCCGCAGGACUCCCUCCUGCCCGUCAUCAUGGCCAACAUCUACCUCCUUGUCCCUCCUGUGCUCAACCCUAUUGUCUAUGGAGUGAAGACAAAGGAGAUCCGGCAGCGCAUCCUUCGUCUUUUCCACGUGACAACCCUGACUUCAGAUCCCUAGGCGUCAGUGAUAAAACUUAUUUUUCACUCAAAGUUCUUUAAUGCAGAUUUUAAUAUCAAUAUUUUGGGAGACAGUAUUAGGAGCAAAACAUUUUCC